UCUUAAAAUAGCGAACACCCGAAAACACGGAGCUCAGCUGUUUGUUAUUCGUUUGAACCCCUCAAGGCAUAAGGGCCCUUUUGUGGUGCGUGCCGAGAAGGGUGCGUGACCUGAGAAAAUUAUUUUGGGAACAGGGGCGUGACACAGAACUGUUUCUGUCUUUCACUAUGAGGAGAGUGGGCCCCCCUCCGAAUACAGUCAUUCCUUAUGAUCAGGAAGUAAACAUGGCCGCGCAGGGAUCAGCACAUCAACGACAUCACAGAAUGGGCCCAGGAAUGCUGGGAGACAAGUUCACACAUUCUCUACGGAGGAGAUCAAAUCGACCUGAUAGAAGUGAAAUCAAUCCAUUUGUCAAAUAUUUCCUGUUUUUCUUCAAUUUUCUGUUUUUUCUGCUUGGCCUUGGUAUGCUGGUACUUGGGAUUUACAUACUUGUCGUAAAGGAAAAGACAGUUUCCAACUGGAUUGAUUUCCUGUUUGACCCAGCGUGUCUUGUCCUGAGCCUUGGAGGAUCGAUUAUUACUUUCAUUACCUUCUUCGGGGCUUAUGGCUCUCUGAGAGAAAAUAUUUGCUGCCUUCAAGUGUUUUCCAUUUCUAUGGCCAUUUGUCUCCUGCUGGAGGUGCUCCUCAUUGUUCUGGUGUUUGUGUUCUACUUUGUGGACGAUGCGUUUGCUGACAUUGGGUUGUAUCCCGAAGAUGCCCUUGAAGAUGCAGUUGUCAAGUACAGAGAUGACCCUGAUAUGCAAGGAUUGAUAGAUAAUAUUCAAGAACUGCUGUCGUGUUGUGGAGUCAGUAAAGAUGACGAAGGCUACAAGGACUGGAAUAAAAAUCUUUACUUUCAAUGUUCGGACGACAACUUCAGCCCGGAAGCCUGCUCUGUUCCAUUUUCAUGUUGCAGAAUUUCUGGUGGAGAUCAAAUCAAUUACCAGUGUGGAGCUGGCAUGCUGAAGGAUAAUGCUCUGGAUCGAGAGAGAAAGAUUUAUACUCAAGGUUGUCUCAAGGGUCUCGAAAACGUGAUAAAAGAUAACAUCUGGAUCUAUGGGGGAGUCAUCUUCGGUGUUCUCUUACCACAGGCUUUCGUAAUCUGUGUUGCCAAGGCUUUGGUUUUCCAGGUCAAGGAACAAAUGCUGAAGUGGUAGUCACCCGUAGCAGGUCUGGAUUCUUCUUGAAGGUCUUCGCUGACUUUUCCUAUCUCAGAAAUGGACUGUCAAACUAUACAAGUUUAAGCGAGGACUCUUUUCCAGAAACUUCUGGGAUGUGGAAUGUUCAUAACUUUCAUGUUUUUUUUCUGUAUGGUAGUUUCUGUACUUAUUUGUGUUAACCUUUGGGAAAAACUCGAUAAUUGUCCGUUUUAUUAACUGUUAGUCUAAUUAAAGAAGUUUGGAUUGUGUAGCCAGCACUCAUGGUUAAUGCAAUUUAAGUUUGAGAGUCCUAUUUUUAUUUAUAAUGCCAUAUACUCUGACGCAGAAUUUAUUGUUUGAAUUUAAAGGAAAAAUCUCAGAUUUUCUUUUUUUUAUGUUGUUUUAUGAUAUUAUAAAUCAAUAUAUUGAGUAUUCCAGUAGAAGGAUUAAAAUGGUGCAAAUAUAUUAAGUAAGUAUUUUGAGUUUAUUUUUUUGUAAAGGAAGAUCACUCUUGGAUUUUGUGUAAGUCGACUCCAUAGCAUGGUCACAAGUCUUGAGUUUGACAUACAGUACCUGUUUUGUCCCGUGGAGCAGGCAAUCAAGUUCACUGAAAUUAAACUGCUAUGAAUUUGUUCAUCUUUUCCUUUGUCUACAUCAAGGUAGAGUUUUUCCCAUUCCUGCCUCCUUUUUAACGAUCACAAAGGAGUGAGUGUUACAAUGUUGGGUGGGAAGGACUGAAAUGUAUAUAAGGCUGUCGGCAAAAUCUGGGCCUUGUAGAUAUAUAUCAUUUGAAAUGAGGAUAAACUGGUAAAGAAAGGUUUACUUAUUUUUAAAAAAUACCAGUCAUACAGCUGUUUUGUUGAGUUGCCUUUGCUGCAGUGUUUUUUAGUCGGGAUGUUUUUUCAUUCCCUUACAUAGGACAAUGUAAUGAUGUCAUGUGAUAAUGACUAAGCUGGGUGUGUACAGCAUACUAUUGCAAAGUCAUGCGAGCCUUCAGGGGGAUAUGUUACUAUAACUAAGUACUUUAAGCCCUAGCUUCGCUAGAACAAAAAUAUUUUUGUCUUCUUAUGAUACCGCGCAAAUACAUUUAUGAUGUUACUUUUCUCCCCGGCUUCUUCAGGGAAAUUGUUGUUGUUUCUUAUGGACGUGCUGCUGUGCAGCUACUCACUGCAACUUGCUGAUUUUGUUUCCCUCGUGGCCUUUUUAUUAAUAUUUAACCAUAGUAUAUUAUUAUUAUCUUGCCUGUUUGUAACGCUCUAGCCAUAUCUGAGUGGCAUGUUUGUUAUCUUUGUGAAUGUUGUUUGUUUUCGGUGGUUUAUGUGGGUAAAAAUACCCCAACAAAACGAAAUGCUUUUCAGCGUCAUCUGUGGGGUAAUUGGGCUCUUUGGUAGGUUGGCUUCUGGGUGGGGAAAUUUUUAAAAUAUCAAAUAGAAAUACAUUAGUCCUGUUUGCUGGGAUGCUGUAUCCCACUCGUUCUGGGUUGGCCCUGACAGGCUAGGUUGAAGUAGCCCGUCUCCUUAAUAAUCUACAUUGUUUGAAUGGCGACGUAAAACAUUUACAUUCAUGGUUUUCUUUUUAAAUUAGGACUUUCCUCCCUACUGGGUCACUCCUUUCUAUUGAAACUUUAAUGGUAAUUCUUUUUUGCAUUCAAGUUAUAAUAAUGUUAAGAAGUUGUAUAGAGCUUCAUUUUUUAAGGUAUUCAUUAUUGUCUUUUCAUCUGUCAUAGAUAUGUUUAUGUGGAUAUUUUCAGAAUUUUUACUCUUAAUAAGUUUACACCUGUAUUGCAAUAAUCUCUUUUACAUUAAAGUUAAAGCACUAUUUAUUAAUUACCUUUUUAUCUGGUACUGUGAAAACAAAAUCGAUCUGAGUUCUUUAUAAAUGGUCACUGUGUCCUUUUUUUAAAAAGAAAAGCUCCUUAACGGUCAUACUAUAAAUUCACAUUUUUCCUGAAUGAAGAAAAAAUCUCCUUUCGUUCACUAUCUGUCAUUGCUGGACAUGUAUGCAGCUGAUAAUUCAACUUAUUAUUUCCCCUCCCUUUAAUAAUUGGAUAUACAAUGUAUAAUAAUAUUGUUUCCUGGUACUUAUUUUUAUUCAGUGUCACAACCCACAGUUACCAACAGUAGCGGAUUGGUUUUUAAAAUUUUAUUUUGUAUUGAACAAUCUGUUAAACAUGAUAUGUAUAGAGUGCUGUAUUUUUUUGUUUAAGUUCAGAAUGGUGAGCUUAGUAUUGAACAUAUUUUACAAAACGUCAUACCAUAAGCAGUUUGUGUUAAGUUCAGAGGAUGGGUCUUUAUAACAGCGAGUUGGAACAAGGGUGAUGACUAUGGAAUUUGAAUUAAGAAGACUUAAUAUUUUUUUUUUUUUUUAUGGUCCUUUUCUUCCUUUUUUUUUCUUUUAUGGAUUUUGGAACUGACAAAGAAGUCCAAAUCCAUUUAGAAGACGUUAUAUGAUUUGCUGCAGAGAAGAAACUGCUUAUAAGAUAUAGCGCAGUGGUAAGAGUAAGUUUAGUAUGGGGUUUUACGGCGCUCGUCGUGGUAAGAGUAAGUCCAAAUUUCAAGAGUCUAACACUGGCUCUGUGUCCGUCGUAUCUUGACUGAAGUGCUGCAUGAACGUCUCCCUUCAGUUGAGUCAAGUCAGUCAGAACUAGGUUUAAUAAAAUGAAACGUUGGUCAAGAGGUAGAAAUAAAUUGAGAGAGUCCUGUAUGUGUACAGCAUUCCAUCCUACAUUAUUAUAUGUGGACGUGACCUGCAUUUUGGAUCAUUUCUAACAGGUAGCUGUGUACAGUGUAGGAACAUGGAGAGAAGGGAGGGUGAAUUAAAAUGUAUGUAAGAGUGAUAAAACUAGUAAGAGUGUCAGAUCAUGGUCUGUUUAAUGUCUGAUAUUUUAAAAUCGAAAAUAUGAGUGCACGCCUUGUGAAAGGGGCGAAAAGUUGGGCCAUAUUGUUUCAAGCUUUAGGCUGAAAAGGUAGAAAAAUCAAUGUUAUUUCUAAAACACGUUUUGAUUGGAAAAAUAAAAUAGUUCUACCGAUUCUGAACCAGAAUUUAAAAGGGUUUUCAUUUAUCUGACUUUCAAGCAUUUUAUUAGGAAUCAUUUUGAUGACCGGGUAUUCUUGACUCUUUAUCUCCGAGGAGGUAAACCCACUAUGCUGGGCCCCUUUGUUAGUGCUAAAUCUAGAAAUGACAAAAACGUCACUAAAUGGGUCAUUAAAUCAAAACAAGUCAACCUAUUUUGAUAGUUCUUCAUAUAAAGUUUGAACUCCCGAUAAAAGAUUUAUUUUCGGCUAUUGCCCAAAAGUAAUUUGAUGUUGAAGUCGUCGUAAAGGAAUGUGCCGGAGCUACUGUCAGCGGCUUGUCGGAGAUAAAGAGUUAAGACAUUGAAAAUGUCUUUUACAAGUGACUAAAACAAUGCUUGGGUUCUGUCUCUGCUUUCCCAGCUCUGCACUUCAAAUGAAGUUGAACCUCGUCAUGUUUUAUACCAAAAUGUUUUCUAGGACUUUCCCUGCACCGUAAAUAGUUAAAAUAGCAGUGUGCUUGAAUAACUCUAGGUGCAAGCGAAUCCUGCUUCUUAUGCAUCCUUACACUGGCUGUCAUUUUGGUGUCUUUGUGGUGUAAUGUGUUAAAAAAAACUUGGUAGUGAGUUUUCUUGAAAUAUAUCUUUGUACCCUAUCCAAUGAAAUGCGCAGUUAUCUCAAACACUGCUUCUAAAAUAGAUAUUUAAAAAUUUCUAUAUAGUUUUAUACUCCCCUGAAUAUUUUCAGUUUUGGUAGGAAUUCAUUAAAAAAUUUUGCUCGUGUGGUGGUGAUGCUAAAUUUCAUUAAUGAAGGAUUUCUUGUUAGUAUCUCAGGUUUGUCUUCACAAAGAGAAGAUUCAUAUACAAUGAGUUUUUAUGUUUUUAGUGAGAAUUUGUCUCAGGUAAGUUAAAAGUAAUCAAAAUUAUGUUUUAGUUGGCUUUAUUGCUACCAGUGUAUUAUUGUGCUUCUUUUUACUUGUGUUAAUUUCUUGUUUUUGCUGCUGUGUUAUUGUAAAAGAAGUCGAAGGGAAGCAUGUUCCUUUCUGUUGGAAUGUCUUUAUUCUUUAUGUUUUGAAACGCAAAAGCUUCAAUAUAAUGGUGUGUUCAAGCUUUAUCUUUUCUUGUUUUGCUGGUCAUAACAAGUUCUCUAUUUUUCUUCUCCUUUGGCUAUAGUUUAUUGGAAAGAAUACUUUUUUGGGGAUAUGUUUGCAAAUUUGUUACUCUAAACUAUUUUGCGUUUGUUUGUCAACUUAGUUAUCUUUUGACCUUGCUUUUACUUUUAUCAUGGUGCCAGUUUUAAAAACAAAAUUCUGCUAAAGCAGGGUUGUCUAUUCACUUGUUCAUGAAGUCUGAUCAGCUUGACUGGGUGGAGUUAAAAAGGUUAAGUGAGCGAUUUUUACAGCAAGAAUGAUGUUUAUGCGCCUCAAUGAAAGCAAUGGCAUUGGAUCAGUUAUGUAAUGGUCAUAAGCUGCCUUGGUCAAAGCGUACAGCUUGUAAAGUCAAUCUGGUCAAACAUUUCUAAUUUUGUCAGGGACUAUGAGUCAAAGAGUUACAGGAAUCUCAUAGGCAUUGUUAUCAUUAUAGCCAAAAGAUAAACACAGAGUAAGUAGUCUUCAGUCAUGAUUGCUCUUUUAACACCAUUUAAGCAUGCUUCAGAGAGAAAGAUUUGGGAACUGUAGAACUGACAUCUGUUCAGAACAAUAAUCAGUUUAGAAUUCAGAUUAAGUUGCCUCUACACAUCCAACAAAUUUGGUGAAGUGGUCUUUCUGGCCUGAUAUAUGGGAUAUGAGACAUUAAAAAUGAUGGUUGAGCAAGGGACUCCAAGUGCUUUUCCUCUUUUCCUGCAAAGUGUAUGCUUUUUAUGGUACCUCAAAAAGAAAGAGAACAACUUAACAUGUGACUGUACUUUACAUGUGACAAGGUAAACUCAAGGCAUGAGGCUUUGUUUUCGGACAGAACUGUGUCCAAUCAAAAUUUUUAAUAAUCCACCAUGCAAAGGACAGGUUAAUGAUGUUUAUGAGUGUUAUAUUUGUAAAUAGAAAUUAUUAAGAUUGUAUGGGUUGAUGAAGGUGUAUGCUUUUUGUGAUGUAAGUCAGUUGGGCUGCUGUUACUGUGAUGGUGGCAGGAAUCCUAUAAUUGGACAUAACAAUUUAAAGACUACUCGUGGUGAGGGGAAAGGUUAUUGUAUGUUGAAUUAGUGUAGAAAAUUCAGCACAUGUUUUUGCAAGGGUUUGGACUCCUGGGCUGAUAGCUUUUUUUUUAUUGCUUUGCCGAACAUUUUUGAUAUAAUAUUCAUCUACAGGGGCCAUUGCUUACCUUUACUUGUCUCUAUUAGUAUUUUAUAAGCCUGGAAAUAUUCAAUUUCUGGACUAUUUAUCAUUGGCUGUCCACCCCAUUUAAGUCAAAAUGAACUAUUACUUUAUGAGAUUUGAUGAUGGAAAGUGAGUUAUUAUUUUUCUGUACUUACUUGUGCAUGGUAACAAAAUUGUACCAGCAUCUACUAUGUUUAGUAUGCAUCAUAAUUGAUUAUUUUGCGUUUUUGUCUCUGGACAUUUUGUGGGUUACUAUUUUUAGUUAUAGCAAAAACUAUCUUUCGUUUACAUUGUUUGUAUUCAUUUUGCAAAUGCCAGACAAAAAUGUGGAGUAAACCUAUAUUUACUAUAAUUGAAGAAUAGUAUUUUGAAUUAUAAUAAGUAAAGUAUAAAUUGCGAUUUGCUGUAGAUUGAUUUGAAAGUUAAUGUGCUUUACGUUAUGCGAAAUAAUGUUCAGAAAUAAGAAAAUUUUUUGCUUUUGAUUAUUCAGGUUAAUAGUUCUGCUUAAGAAAAAGUGAAAAAUUAUCAUCCUAUACAGGAUGAAUUUUGUAUAUCCACCGAGUUAUAUUAAUUUAUGGCAGAAUCUUCUUGAGUUUCAUGUGGAGCUUGUAUCUGUAUUCUUAGAAAGAAAUGCAUGUUAUUCAAUGCCUUUGAAAGCAUAUAACUUUCGAAACCUUGUCAUACUUUUGUGAAGUUGAUGUUGAAAUGCUACCUUAUAGUAUUUAGGAAAAAUCCUCCAAAUUUUAUGACGUUUCUGAUUAUUGGUGUGCCUGUCAACUAUCACCAUCAGUUGUGAAAAAAAGAUAUACAUUCCAGUUCAGCCUUUUUGCUCUUAUAGGUAUACGAAGUUUUAAUGUAUCCAGUUUUAUGAAAGUGAUUCUUUUGAGAUGUUAUACAGUUUCCUUGUCAGCAAAAUAUGAAUUUUAUUCCCAUUGACUCCAAAAUUUUUGCAAUUUUCAAAUAAACCUCGGUACUCUUGAAAUUCCCUAUUUUACCUUUUGUGAAUUUUGUAUUUUUGUGAGUGAAGUGUUGUGUGUUUGAAAAUGAUAAAAAUUUUAUCUACCUACCUUUAUUAUAGUCUUAUUUACUGUCAGUUUUUCUCAAGUUAGUUGUUGGCCUUUGUAUGAUGAUCAAAUUCGAUGGAAAUUAUAUAAUAAAUAAAUAUCUUUCAUGG